AUGAAUAACAUUAAAGCCUCAUAUACUUUAUUUGCUUUCAUUAGGAAUUGGAGAUUUCGAUCCCAAGUUUUGUGUGCAUAAACUAUUUUUAUCAUCAUAGUAAUCUUGAUUGGAACAGGGUACUUUAUAUUUGCCUAAAGUUUUCUAAUUUAGGAAAUCUCUCAUUAGUCUUUUAUUAUAUUGGCAUAAAGAAUUCUUAGUAAACAAAGUUAUAUAUAUUCUGUUUUGAAUAAAAAAUAAUUACAGUAAGGGUUGAUGUUAACUAAUACAACAUUGAAAGUUAUUAAUUCAUUAUUUGAAUAAUAAUAAAGCACGAACAUUAGAUUUUAAUAUCAUAUUAAUAGUUGUGAUGAGUUUGAAAGUCCCUCAAGUUUUUUCUCUUAAUUUGCUAAUAGUUCUUGUUAUUGUUAUGGAAUGCCAUACAACGCUACCGAAUACUCUUAACACCAAGAUAAAAUGUCUCUAGGAAAUUUACUAAUAUAAACAGCUCUGAUACAAAAUAAACUUUAUCGAACCUAUUUUGCAUCCAAUACAAAAGAUUAAUUUUACGUUUUUUAACCAUGCAAAUAUUAUCCAUCAACUUAUAAUCCUUCAUUUAGACCCUGGUAUAUUUACCAUAAUCAGAGUCUAAAUGAGGUUUAAAACUCAUAACCCUAUUUUGCAUUCAGCGGAGGUAUCACUUUAACUAAAACUCUUAAUCUCAGAGGACUUAACAAUGAAGUCAAGGGCGUCAUUGGGACUGAUAUUAUAAUGAAAAUCUUUUUUCCUUAAGAUGAAUCAUAUCCUUAUAAUUUUGUUCUAAUUGAUUCUGAUGGUCAUAUACUUUUGAGCAAUCAUUACACUAUAAAUUCAACGAUCGUUGACUUAUAUUAUAAUUAAUCAGUCACAGGAUUUGAUUCUUAAGAUUUUUAAACUAUUAUGAAUUUUUCAAAGGGAUUAAAUUAUGAAAAUUACUGUGAGAUUCCAAUUAAUCAAACCUUAUGUCUACUUGACAAAACUAAUAACAAAGAUUACUAUGUAAAAGUGUAGAAAUUAGAUUAGGAAAAUUAUUAUUUAAUUAGUAAAUUCGAUUAAGCUUAAUACAAGAGUAAUGUUGAUAUGUUGAUUGAUGAAGUAAAUGCAUAAAGCUAGAAAAUCAUUUAAGAUUUUGUGUUAGGUAUAUUGAUUUCUCUUUUGUUGUGUGGUUGUUGUUAUUUAGUCACAAUAUUUAUUUUAGAAAAGCCAUUAUAUAAAUUAAUGAAUCUAUCCCUUAGACGGAAUUAAAUGCUCUCAUCUAUUUUUUAAUAAAUAAAAUUGUAACACUUUACUAAUGAUACCAUAGAUAAAUUGGCAGAUGCAUUUACAGGAUUAAUAAACUACGACAAUCGUUUAAAAAAUACAUUUAAUAACUCAACUAAAUAAGAAUUAGAGGAAAUAUUCAGUUAUUUGCCUUAGAAUAUAACUGUUACUCGAACUUUAUUAUUACUUAUCUAAGAAAAGCUACCUGAUUAUAAAAAAUAGAAUAAAUCACUUUUCUAUUUAAAUACGCUUGAUAACCUUAAAGAAAUCAAAGAAUUCUUGAUAAAUGAAAGAAAAAUUCUUUCAAUCUGA